UACUGUGCGCAAAAGUAAGAUUUUUGGCAAACGGUGAGAAGUAUUGAGUUUAAAGAAAGGAUAUAAAUAUACUUAACCGAUCAGUAAAUGCAAGGAUCACUUACAUUUCAGUCAUGCAAUGCAAAUUGCAUUAUAUUAAGUUUAACAGGGACAUACAAACCCCGUGUAUUGUAGUAUUAGAGAUGAAAUAGGUAUAAAAUCUAUUAUUAUGAUUUAAUUUCGUGUGUAUGGAAAGUAAAUCACAUUCAUUUAAUUUUUCAUUGGAUUUAAUGUUAAAUUGAUGAGUCAUUAAGAAAUGAUUUGCAAUUAACUUCACUGUAUUCUAUAUAAAAUAAUUUACUAAGAAAUGAUAAAAGUAGAGCUUCUAUUCAUCGAAAUAGUAUCUCUGUAACUGAUUAACAUUUUUCUUGUGUAAACACGUCUAUCGAUGUGACUAAUCAUUAUGCUACGCUUCAUAAAGUUUUUACUUCAUUAUGUUGAAUAUAGUUAUCAGAAGUCAUGAGAUCAGGCUAGAGUUUAUCGAUUCAUUCCAACAAUGUCCUGUACAGUUACAAUCUUUCGAUGUCAUUCUUAGAGUUGUUAUGACUGCCGAUUGUGCGUGCCUGUUUGAUUGUUUUCGCGAUAUUCGAAUUUCCAUUGUAAAAUUAAUCAUAAUAUUUAGCGUAUAUCAGUGUGUAUAUUUCAGUGUUCUACAGUGUUGCGUGAAUAUAUUUUUCGAUGUGAGAAUAAAUUGAAGGAUUAUUAGGUCGGAAUUAUUAUAUGAACGAAGUAUUAAACAUCAUUAAAUAACGCAGUAAAUUUUGUAGAUCUGAAAUUGUCGUAAUAUUUUUAUAUUGUACAAUGUUAUCCAAUAAAUAUCGAAAUAUUCCAUUUUCAUUGUACCACUAUCGCACUGGAUCAUUGGACUGUCAAUCUCUACUUAAUACUACAUUAAUUUCUCGUGUUUUAUGUUCAAUUGCGACAUGAAAUUUGCGGAUACCGCAGGAACGUGUCAAUUUCUCAAAGAAUCACCUGACGUCUAAUGCUUACAUGAUAAAUCUAAAAUAAUUUUUCCAUAACAGAUGUAAUUAAGAAUUCGCAUAAUCAUUAACAUUAACUAGUUUCAACUGAUUAUAUCGAAUUGUAAAUCACUCUACUGUAGUACAAUACAUGGAUAUCAUUCCAAAGUGAAACGUUCAUUUCUCACGCAAACCUCGCAAUCGAUUAAGUACUUAUCUAUACUUUUUUCUUUUAAAUAUUUAAGAACUGCAGGAAAUACGUCCAUGUGGGGGGAUGAGGCGAAGUGGGGGAUGUUACUUUAGUAUAUUAGUUGAUCGAGAACCUGUGCGUGAGUCAGCGACGCGCGCAGUGCAUUUCAAUAUUUCGUGUAGUGUGCUUGGCAUCUAGUUCGCUGCGUUGGCUGUCGGUAUUUAUUAAGGAGAAAAAGCAAUUUCUUUUCCCGUAUUGUAAAUAUCAAUUCUCGCCGUUAUGACAGAAAAUCUUUCACGUGCUGACGGUUCGUAAUCAAUCGGAUGACUUUGAUUUCUUCGAUAAUGGAACACCGACUUUUAAUGAUUUAUAUGAAUGACGUAUGACGUACGUAUCACCGCGUAUACGUCAAUAAGAUGUUACACGUAAUUUACGUUACGAUAUGGUACAUUUCGGCCACGCAAAUUCUUUGCGCCAGGCGAAAGCGUUGGGCGAUUAUCUAGUUGUGGGCGUACAUACAGAUGAGGAAAUUACUAAGCACAAAGGGCCACCAGUAUUCACAGAGCAAGAGAGAUAUAAAAUGGUGCGUGGCAUCAAGUGGGUGGACGAGGUAGUUGAAGGGGCACCUUAUGUCACAACGUUAGAAACGCUGGACAAAUACAAUUGUGAUUUCUGUGUUCAUGGUGAUGAUAUUACUACGACAGCAGAUGGGGUAGACACGUAUCAUUUGGUCAAAGCAGCAGAUCGUUACAAAGAAGUUCAGAGAACGGCGGGCGUAUCAACGACUGAUUUAGUAGGACGCAUGCUCUUAAUGACGAGGCAACAUUUCAAGCAAGGGGACAGUGAAUAUAGCGUUGAUAGGGAACCUAGUAAAAGCAUGGGCCAGGAUAGAACGGCUAGAAGUCCAUGGACGGCUUGCUCGCAGUUCUUACCUACUACACAAAAAAUUAUUCAAUUCAGCGAUGGGAAAAGUCCCCAGCCUGGAGAUAGAAUAGUUUACGUGGCAGGAGCAUUUGACCUCUUUCAUGUUGGUCACUUAGACUUUUUGGAAGUUGCGAAAAAGGAAGGUGAUUACCUCAUAGUUGGACUUCACACAGAUCCUGUAGUCAAUCGAUACAGAUCUGGAAAUCAUCCAAUUAUGAAUCUUCAUGAAAGAGUGCUAAGUGUACUGGCAUGCAAGUAUGUUAACGAAGUAGUAAUCGGAGCACCGUACGAAGUUACUAAAGAUCUGAUGGAACAUUUCGAUGUGUCCAUCGUCUGUCAUGGUCAAACACCGAUCAUGCCUUGCGAAGACGGUUUAGACCCAUAUGCCGAACCUAAGAGACAAAACAAAUUUAAACUACUGAAUAGUGGCAAUGAUAUGACAACCGAAAAAAUUGUUGAACGUAUAAUUCUUCACAGACUGGAAUUUGAAAAUAGAAAUUUAAAAAAGGAGAAAAGAGAGUUGGCAGUUUAUGAAGCUUUAAAAAGGUCGCAAAAGAAAGAAACGAUCGAGUAAUUUGCCCUAAACGUUCAAAGUAUGUAUAACGAUAAAAUGGUGUAUAUGUGUCUGUAAAUACGGUAUAAUCACACUCACAUUUAAAUUAUUUAAUUUCAUAUCGGAAAGAUAUGUGUGAUUUAAAUAUUAACAAUUAUAAUCGACACUUAAAAUAUUAAUUAGCAUGGAAAAGUAUUAUUCCUCAUUCCCGACAAUUUAACGAUGGAAACGUAUACAACGAUAGAAGUACAUACAUAAUGAAGUGUGAAUAUUUGUAAAUUUCUAGACUGUAGAGAAGAAACGUUUGGUUUAAUUUAAUUGUGCCUAUGUGUGUAUAUUUGGUAUUAAAGCGCGUAUUCAUAUAUUACGAGUAGGCUCACAAUUAUUAUAAAAACGUAGCAAGUAUAAUUGCAAAUAUGAACAAUUCGAAAUAUCAAAAUAAUCUUGAUUUUACAUACACAGAACUUGCAUUUUUACAAAAUUAGG